UUCCCCUGCGCUCUUUCCCUCCUGCAGACUGCACUCAUACACAUGCACACACUCUCUUACACCAAAUAAGAUACUGGACACACAUCCACACACUUACACAGGACAUCUGCAGGCACACACACAUGCACACACAUACAAAAACACUACUAUACACUCCAAGUUCACAUCAGAGGCAGACACAGACGCUUUCUCUUUACACACACUUAUUUAAAAAUCUCACAGAAGAAUGAGGACAAUUGGACUUUGCGUUUGUGCUGGUCUCCUGCUUACAGGCACCUUAUUGCUCAGAAUCAGCCAGGCAGCAGACUUUCCUGGUAACUCUCACCAGCGAUGGGACUCUAGAGGAUCCUACCAUUUGGGAUUUGAGUCUGGUACUCCCACUUCUUGCCCUGUCAAACUUAGACCUAUGGGCCAGUGUGGGAGCUCUGGGGCAGAGGACGGGGAGGACUGCCCUUACCAGAUCACUCUGCCUCCCCUCACCAUCCAGCUGCCCAAGCAGUUCAGGCUGCUGGAGAAGACGAUGAAGGAGCUGCAGAGCCUGAAGGAGGUAGUGAACAAACUGAAAAGCGGGUGCCAGGAGUGCCGUGGGGCACGGGGCAACGGAGUUUUUGGACACCAGCAGGCAGACCAGAUCCCGAUUCAGGGGGAUGCCGGGGAAAAAGUGACGGGGCAGGAGGUGCAAGGUGGAUCCAGCCAAGAGGACAGGGGAGAUGGGAUGGUUCCUGGAGCUACUGUGGAUGCCGCAAGACCGGGUUCAAUUUUUGGGAAACCUGCUCUGAGCCAAAACAUGCAGGAGAUGCAGGUGAAGCUGAAUAGGAUGUCAGCCAGCCUGCGCAAUGCCAGGAACCAAAUCUCAGCUCUGCAGGGUCGACUGGAGGGAAUCAACCUCCUUAACAUGGAGAAUGUGCAGGCUAUAGUGGACAGGCGGGUGGAGAACAUCACCGGAGUGGUCAACAAGCUCAGCUCCAGCUGUACCACCGAAUGUCCAGCCCAGACUGGCCCUCAGUUCAUCUUAGCCCCUCGGGACUGUUCAGACUACAAUGUGCUGGAAGUGAGGAGGAACGGUAUAUAUCGUGUGACACCUGACGCUCGCAAUGGGACGUUUGAGGUAUUCUGUGACAUGGAGUCCUUCGGAGGUGGCUGGACUGUGAUACAGCAACGCCUCAAUGGGUCCGUCAGCUUCAACCGCACCUGGGCUGAGUAUAAAAAAGGCUUUGGGAACCUCAGAGGUGAGUUCUGGCUGGGCAAUGACCAUAUCCAUUUGCUGACAAAAGCAAAAGAUAUGAUUCUGCGUAUCGAGCUAGAGGACUUUGAGGGUGUCCGGGAGUAUGCAAAGUAUGAUCAGUUCUAUGUGGCCAAUGAGUACCUACGCUACCGUCUGUCUGUCAGUGGAUACAGCGGGACGGCUGGGAACGCCCUCAGUUUCAACAAGCACUUCAACCACGACCAGAAGUUCUUCUCCACACCCGACCGCGACAACGACAUGUACCCCUCUGGGAACUGCGGCGGCUACUACAGCUCCGGCUGGUGGUUUGAUGCCUGCAUGUCUGCCAACCUCAACGGGAAGUACUAUCACAAGAGAUACAAGGGAGUCAGGAACGGGAUCUUCUGGGGAACGUGGCACAACAUGUCGACCGAGUACUACCCCACCAACUACAGGCAGGCCUUUAAAACUGUCAAAAUGAUGAUACGGCCCAAGAACUAUGGUCCUUAAAAGGACAGGUAAAUAUUGGUGAGUGCAGUCAUGCAGGCAAAGACAAAGAAAAUGGAAGAGCAAGUACAUAAGGACUCAUACACACAUACACUCACUAGUAGUCAUGCAUUUACACAUUUACACAUGCAUACGUGUGCACUGAUAGGACUAUAAGUAGUUUGGUGCAUUAAUGAUAACAAUAAUUGCAAAAAAUUUAAGUGUGCUAUUACUUUUCCACUCUAGUGAGUGUGGCCUUCAAAAUGUUGGAUUAAAAUGAUGAUAAUAAAGAACAAUGGACUAUGAACAAUGAUGGACUAAUAAAUUUUUUUUUUUUUUUUUAAAAAAACCUCCCAUGCAGUGUAGGCGAGCCUCCUACGUGGGCCAUAACAUUAAAUUGAGGGUUACCAGAAACGAUUUUUUCACUGGUCUUUGACAUUUUUUUUCUCUUUCUGUCCUGCUGCCUCCUGCCAUAAACCCAGCAUAGAAACACAGCACAGCACAUACUAGUAGUAAAAACUAAUGAGCUAUCACUUUCUCUGCUGUAAAUGAUUUUGUAAUUAACAGCAGCCACCCAAGUGAGGUAUACGAGAGCUGAUGAUACAGUUUUGAGUGGGUCCGAUAAUCGUUACGAAAGACUUCAAGCUGGAGAGUCAAACUGUUAGAAAAAUUACAGUCAGUAAUAAAUGUAUAGCUUUACUUGGCCCUUCUCUGGCAUUUAUCUCACUGCUCUCGGGCAGCUUGCCGAUAUAUCAUUACCCCAUACCACAGAAGACAUCCCAGUAUAAAUACGCAGCAUCCAAUAAAUUUCUAUUCAGUCAUGUAUGUGUGUGCAUUCUGCAUUAUUGAUGUUUUACUAGAUUCUUCUUGAGAGCAGCCACGAAGCAGGACAUUGCAGUGAGGGAAAAAAAUGUGUUUCCAAGCUUUGGAUGCACCGAAUUACUGCACACUUCUCUAUGCCAUAAUCUGUAAAAUCCUCUUCUUGUACAAUACUGCUAUCUAAUGUUAGGAAACUGUAUAGCACCAUUUAUUUCAUUUUAUACACACUGUAAAUGGGAAGGAUUGGGGAAAGAAAUGCUUGACUAUGAGGAUGUGUACAGUAUUUAUUUUACUUUGAGAGGUAUGAUAGCUUUUAUAUGAUACAAUGGUCAUGCAGUACAGAGUCUAAUGAUUGAUGAUAUUUGAGUAAUGACAAGGACUAGGCAUAAUUGUGAUCAUUCAUAGUAAAUAUCUGUGUAAAAUUGGAAUUCUUUGUGUGUAUCAGAUUGAUCUUUUCUAUCAUUCAUAUUCAGCUGUUGUGCCAAUAGAUAUGCAAUUUUUAUAUUGGGGGAAAAAAUGAAAUUAAUAUUCCAUGGCUGUGUUGCACAUUUCAGUGUUCGGUCGGUUUAAAAUCCUUUUCAUGCCUGCUCCACUUGUGUCCUGGCAUCGCCUUUCAAACGAAUGUAUACAAAAAAUGUAUACAAGUUUCGCAUGAGUGUCUUUGAAAGUGUCUGCCGUCUAGUGUCCGAGGCUUAAUGAGGCUUGUAAAAAAUGCAGGAUGAGGUGCUGCAUGCCCAUAACAAAUGGGUUUAUGAGGUGUUGAACCAAUAAAGCUGCUAAAUAAAAGGCAGAUUUCAUAUUGGCUUCGCAGAAGAUGAUAAAACUGUGGGACUGUGACUUUACUGUCUGUUUACUGUCUGUGAUGAUAAAGUUAAUAAAAGUGUUGUGCUCAUUCACA